AUGUAUGGGCUCAGCGUGCGGCGAGCAGUGGCAGCCACGCAGCCAAGAAAAUCUUCUGCACGCGCCCUCCAUGUAGCCGCAGUUUCAGCUUUUCCCGAGAGGCUUCAUGGCCGCUUGUUGACAACAAGUGCCUCUCCGGCUACACCGCAAAAUGGCAAUCGACGCCAAAGUGCAAGCCUGUCUUGGGGCCCACUCGGACUUACAGCUGCAGCACACUUAGACACCAUUCAACGCGUGGCAACACCGCGUUUUCUCUCAUCUUCAGCCUCACCGGUGAUGGAGUCGAUACCAGUGGAGGAGACUCCAAAUCCGAAUGCUCUAAAGUUCAGACCUCUGCUGCCUCGGCCGCUUGUAAAUGCCAAGGGAAGCUUCGCUUCGAGAAAUUUUACCAAAACUUCGCCCGGUGUAGCGGACUCUCCAAUGGCACAGGCCAUCUUGCAGGAGAGGGGCGUCGUGUCCGUUCUUCUUGGCGCUGGCUUCGUGUCAGUCGUGAAGGAGGCUGAGGCGCAGUGGGAAGAUCUGAAGCCUAGAGUCGAGGCAGCCAUCCGACUUUCUGCUGCCGCUCAGCUGGCGCACGCGACGGAGGCAGCAGCGGCGGACGAGGCGGCAGCGGCAGACGAGGCAGCAGCGGCAGAAGCAUCAAAAAAGGAGCACGCCCAUGAGGCUUCCUCGGCAGCCGAAGCGCCUAUGGGACCUGAAGAAGAGGAGCUCUUUGAAUCAAUCAAAGAGACGCUAAACUGUCGCGUCAGGCCCAUGUUGCAAGGAGACGGGGGAGAUCUGGAGGUUCUGCGGUUCGAUAGCGAGACCGGCCAGCUGUAUGUACACUUGCUGGGGAGCUGCCAAGGCUGCCCUUCCUCCACCGUCACUGUCAAGAGAGGGAUGGAACAAAUGCUCAAGUACUACUAUCCAGAGGUAGAGGCAGUUGUCGAGUGCGACGAGAACGGGGAACCCCUCCAGCCCGAAGACGAAGAGGCUGAAUGA